AUGAGUUUCUUCUGGAAUGUUACUCAGUUUUUGAACGAGUUUCAGGCGUCACAGGUGGAUCAUGAUGGCCCCGAUUUUAGAAAACCUGCGACGAGAGUAGCCACAACCCAGUUGUUGAUUGCUUCUGGGUUGGGAUUAUCAGCUUUUUUGAUGUUUUCCGUUCUCUUGAAGAAAAUGCCAAAGCUGUAUGCUAGUAGAAUGGGAAGAAGUCAGACUUCACUGCCGACUUGGGAUGAUAGUUCGUUGUUUGCAUGGGUGCCCGUGGUAUACAAGAUCAACGACAGCCAAGUUUUGGAGAGUGCUGGAUUGGAUGCGUACGUUUUCCUAGGGUUUUUCAAGAUGUGCAUCAAACUUUUGGCAAUCUGUUGCGGGUUUUCGGUUUGCCUCAUUUCACCCAUUAGAUAUCACUUUACUGGCAGAUAUGACGAUGGAGGCGAAGAAAGCUAUUUUGGCACAAAUGAUGCGUUGUAUCAUGAGCCUAGGGAUAGCUUGGGUGAAGGUCAAGGACCAGAAACAGCAGAGCUAUAUCUGUGGAUGUACGUCAUCUUCACAUCCUUCUUCACAUUUCUCUCACUGUACUUGUUGAUCGAGCAAACCAAAGUUGUGGUGGAUACGCGGCAGCGGUACUUGGGGAGACAGAACGCUCUAACAGACAGAACUAUCAGGCUGACUGGAAUUCCCGUGGAACUCAGAGACGCAGCAGCUUUGAAAGCUAGAAUAGAAGAGCUAGAGAUUGGGAGCGUAGCGUCUAUCAGUAUAUGUCGUGAAUGGGGCCCAUUGAACAACCUUUUCCAUUACCGCAAGAAAAUUCUCGAAAAGCUGGAGCUCAAGUACGCACAGUGUCCUGAAGCCCUCAGAGACGUCGAGCAUUACGACGAGAGCUAUAGGCUUAGAAGCGAAGUUUCAAGAGAUAAUUUGGAGAACGCCGAUACUCAAUCUAUCGGUGAAGGUGAUAACGACGCUCCAGACUCAAAUCGUCUUUACUCUCACAUUCAGCUUGAGGGUAGACAAAAGACUAGAACUGGAUUAUUUGGACUCUUCGGCGAACAAGUGGAUGCUAUUGACUAUUUGGAAAGACAGCUCAAGUUUAUUGACGACGAAAUCGUGGAAGCGCGCAAAAAAUCAUAUCCCGCGACGCCUACUGCAUUCGUUACUAUGGACUCUGUGGCCAAUGCCCAGAUGGCCGCACAGGCUGUGCUCGAUCCCCGUGUGCACUACUUCAUUACAAGACUUGCGCCCGCACCUCAUGAUAUUAAAUGGGACAAUGUUUGUUUAUCGAGAAAGGAAAGGCUGACUAAAGUGUGGUCGGUAACUAUUUUCAUUGGAUUCUGCAGCUUCUUCCUCAUUAUCCCAGUUUCCUACCUUGCUACAUUGCUGAAUUUAAAAACUAUUUCAAGAUUUUGGCCUCAGCUGGGGAAGUUUUUGAAGCAAAAACAGUGGGCCCAAAAUCUUGUGACGGGCCUACUUCCAACCUAUCUGUUCACGCUUUUGAACAUUGGUAUUCCAUAUUUUUAUGAAUUCUUGACAUCUAGGCAAGGCCUGGUAUCUUACAGCGAAGAGGAGGUUUCAUUGGUUUCGAAAAACUUCUUCUAUACUUUUGUUAACCUGUUCUUGGUGUUCACUUUGGCUGGUACUGCUUCCAAUUAUUGGGGCUAUUUAAGCGAUACCACUAAAAUAGCAUACCAGUUGGCUACCUCUGUUAAAGAAUUUUCGCUCUUUUAUGUCGAUUUGAUUAUUUUACAAGGAAUAGGGAUGUUUCCUUUCAAGCUGCUUCUGGCAGGAAGUCUGCUCGGAUUCCCCUUUGUGAAAAUCAAAUGCAAGACCCCGAGACAAGAAAAGGAAUUGAUGAAGCCCCCAAUCUUUAAUUUUGGCCUACAGUUACCACAACCAAUUCUCGUUUUAAUCGUGACGCUCAUUUAUAGCGUGAUGAGCACCAAGAUUCUAGCUUCUGGACUUGCCUACUUUGUAAUAGGGUUUUACGUCUACAAGUAUCAAUUGCUGUUCGCCACAGACCAUCUACCACAUUCCACAGGAAAAGUCUGGCCUUUAAUAUUCAGAAGAGUAAUACUUGGAUUGUUGCUAUUCCAGCUGACGAUGGCAGGCACCCUGGCUGGAUUCCAAGGUGGUUGGAUUUUAUCAUGCUUCUUGGCACCUUUACCACUAAUUACACUUAGCUUCCUCUGGGAUUUCGAGAAGAACUAUCUACCGCUCUCCAACUUCAUCGCUUUAAGUUCAAUUCGUGAGAAUGAGAGAGACAACACGAUGGUUUCCAGCGUGGCAGGGAAUGGUAAUUACCAGUACCCAUACUUGGUGACACCUUUGGAAAGGCCACUCGUCAAUUAG